GGUUAUGCGAAGUUGUUAAGUUGUGGAAAUUCCUUUUGCCUUUUUGUGUGAUCCUUCAGUUCCUUAAUCCUCUAUCCCAUGCCUGGCGCUUGGUAUGGUGAAUAUCCUCCUUGGUCCGCCCCUGUUUUUGUGCCCAUUGCGCAGGUCCUCCCGUUGUCAAAGGCGCGCUGAGAACCAGAAACCGUCCUUCGUUUGCAGUCCAAAAGCGAGGUCUCUGAGUGACUGUUGUCGAAUUAAAGUAAACACGGCGAGUGCAUUGCGUGAGUGCUGCAGCCCUACGGGGCUCCCGUGUGGAUAUGGCUCACUACUACCAGUCUAGCCAAGACAGAUACCGAAAGGAAGAUUCGGAAAUCGACAUUUCUGGAAAUGAGGAUUCCGACUCUUCAGCAUUCACCGAAGAACCUCAACAUUCCAAAACGAAGAAACCCAUAAACAAGGGCCGGUGGAGCAAAGAGGAGGACGCCCGUUUGAAGCAGCUGGUGGAGGAAUACAACGAGAAAUGGGAUGUGAUUGCGGAGCUUUUCCCAGAUAGGUCGGACGUCCAAUGCCAGCAGCGCUGGACCAAAGUGGUGAAUCCCGAACUGGUCAAGGGCCCCUGGACCAAAGAGGAAGACGAAAAAGUGAUCGAAUUGGUGAAUAAAUACGGAGCGAAGAAAUGGACCUUGAUUGCGCGUCACCUGAAGGGCCGUAUCGGCAAACAGUGUCGGGAGCGAUGGCACAACCACCUCAACCCCAAAAUAAAAAAGAGCGCUUGGACGGAGAACGAAGACACGAUUAUCUACCAAGCGCACAAGGUUUUGGGCAACCAGUGGGCCAAAAUCGCCAAACUGUUGCCCGGAAGGACGGACAAUGCCAUCAAAAACCACUGGAACUCCACCAUGCGGCGGAGGUACGAGACCGAGAACCGCCAAGACGGGGAGACGCGCCGUGGGAGAGCCAGAAAGAACCAAACAAAACAAGCAGACAUUCUGGCCUUUCAGUACCAGAACCACCAAGUUGUGACCAUUGAUAAUUGUGAUAGUCGCAGUGUCAACCAGGAUAAUCUGAUUAUCAAUGAUGAAUGGACUUUGGAGACGUACGACCAUGGAAGCAACCAGUCCAGCACAGGCGGUUUCUCUCUGACGGCCACCCCCAGUCCAGGUCCUCUGACCCCCAGCCAUACGGUCGUCAGCUUUUCCUCCUCGCCUCCACCCUCCACGACCUCAGUUAAAGCAGAUUUGCCAUCAUACAGCUACCUUGAUGUAAAUACGUACAACAACCAAACUAGUCCCGUGAAACUAACACCAAUGACUGACGAUUUUGACCUGAAAUACUGUACCCCGAGUGGAAUAAACCCACUGAGGGAUUUCUCCGAAAGUCGCCACUUUAUCAAGUCACGCCUGACACCGCCGAACCUCAACCAAAACACUUUAGUACCUGCUGAAAAUAUGACCCGAGCCUCCACUCCUCCCAUCCUGCGACGGGGUGCCAAGUCGAGGCGAAGAAGGGAGAGUGAAGGCCAGGAUAUCAUGUCGGACUGCGCUGAAGAUCGGAACAUCGACGAAUUUGCGUCUAUGUUGGGCUACAGCACGAAACCAACCAACAACAAUGGCACCUCCCCGAUAAAACAGUUGCCGUUCAGCCCUUCACAGUUCUUCAACAGUCCUGGCUUUUUAGAGAUGCCUUUAUCCUCAACGCCCGUCAAGAGAUUCCCGACGACACCAUUGAAAGAUCGAUCGUUAAAACCUGACUACAGUCCCUUGAGCACCCCCAACGGUCUUUCAGUCAAGGUGGAAAUGCUGAGUUCCACAACCGACCCAACGGUGACACCCAGCAAGCGCUCGUUCCAAAGUAUGGACACGCCCCGUACCCCAACGCCCUUCAAGAAGGCCUUAGCCGACUUGGAGAAGAAGUCCGGCCCUAUAACGCACCUCCCAGACACGCCAACUCGUCUGGAAGACAUCACGGAAAUCAUGAAGAAGGACCAAGAUAUCAGUUCGAAUUACGAAACCGACACCAGUCUGAUGAUUACAAAUGAUAGUGGUUACAUGACGGGGAAGAGAAAAAAUGGGAACGGGCUCGCUGAAGGCAAGGAAAACGUUCUUCCGAAUAAGCGAGUGCGGAAGGCUUUGGCGCCGUCUUGGGCCUCCACCUCGUCGCAGGAUAUGUCGUCGUUCGCUGUGGAAACUCCCAGUAAAUCGUUGGGCGACGAUCCCUCAGCUCUGUUCUCCACGCCGUCUUCGAUAAUGAAAGACUCUUUGGGAGUGACCGGACUGAUGGAUUUUGCUCAGUCAGGAUCAUCCAAGCGCCUGCCAUCUGCCAGUGCCCCCUCCCGCGCCCCUGGUCCACGAAGCACCGCCGCCAAGCGGAUCACUUUUGAGGAUACUAGGCCCAAAGCUCCAAAGAUCGAGAAGAUGUGGGCCAUGGUUGCGUGCGGCAAGACGCAGGACCAGAUCGACCUUACUAAACGAGCACACAAUUUUUUAAGAACUACCAGCUUGAAACCUCGUUCUUUAAAUUUUUAAGAAAAUUUUGUACAUAUGCGAUUCGGUUUACACUUUGUAAAUAGAAUCUUUUUUACAAAUAAUUUAGUGCAAACGAUUGUAUUGUAGAUUUGUCGGCUAAAUUCAAUAAAGCAUCACCGGAGUGAGGUUUCGUUUACGGCUUCACUUUACUUCUUUUUAACUACGUGUAAUGUAUAUAGACUUUUCACUGAGUAAAUGAAACCUUACUGAACAAAAACCAUGUAUAGAACUAGUCUACCAUUUUUCUUGUAUAAUUGUUUUCGUAAUUAUAUCUUUUAAUAUAUACAGUUAUUAGAAAGGACGCCCAAAGGUUGAAGUUGUAAUUUUAUUGCCAUGGUAGGUCUAGGUCUCUUUCUUGUUGUCCUUUGGGUUGUUUCGCUUAUAAAGCAUGCUUCAGUUUAAUUUUUGCAUCUAUUUAAAGAAUGUGUUUCUGAAUUUAUAUUUAUUUUAUAAUUUUAUGUCACUAAAUAAAAUUGGUACUUUUGUAAGAAUA